CCCACUGAAAGUAACAGCUAAUGAAAUCUCUCCAUUCUUUUGUUUAAGCAUGCUGUUGUGGGGAUGCCUGUCGCUCUCCUAAACUUAUGUUUCUUUCUGUUGAUGUUGAAUGUAGAGUCUGUAGUCUCUGUCUGUGACAUCAGAGUGCAUACGAUCAAUUUCGGAUGCCAUCUUGAAUGGGAUUGCCCUGAUGCCAACCCUAAAACGACUUACACUGUCUUGAGCAAGACACACGGUACAUCAUGGGAAAAUGUUUCAGACUGCAUCCAAAUUUCUCGGCAAAGGUGUGAUCUGUCACGUGUCUUUCCAAACAUAAACAUCUACAACUUCAUCCGACUGACAUCUGAACUUCUCUGGGUGAAUGAAACUCGGGAUUGCACCCCUAUAACUGAUCCUGCUGCCAAAUUCACCCCGCCCUCCAUAACCAACUCCAUGGCCAAUGGGAGUCUCUGGGUGACGGUAAAUUUUCCUUGUGCUCCAUCCAUAAGCUGCACAUUGGAAGAUGAUGAUUAUGUGGAAGAGAAUGAGAUGGGAUGCUACUGUCCCCUAACUGAGUUUAAAAGUCUCUGGGCCACAGUCACGCUAUACAACGAACAGAACCUCUCAGACAGACAGGCAUACACCGCUGAAGUGAUGCUUGAAAACCCAUUCAAGGUGGAAUUUGGUUUUCUGACACCAGGGCAAGUGUACUGUGCUGUGGCCAACUUCACAGCUGAGGGUGUACUGACCUCUUCUCCCCCGAGCCUCCCGCAGUGUGUUUACAUACCAGCAAAGCUCGAAAGCCUCAUCGUCAUAAUUGUGUGUGCUGUUCUCAUCGUUCUUGGCCUAGUAUUUAUUCUGGUCUGGAGAAAGUGUUCCUCUUCUGAACGUCCGCUGCCCAGAUCUUUGGCUUUACUUCGAGACCUGGAACUUCAGAAUGAGACUUUCAUUGACUCCAGUAAGGUUGCACCACACAACGAGAGCUCUGAGGGUGACCACAUUUCUGUUGUAUCCUUCUCUGACUUCACACUCAUGGACAACCAGUCAUCUUACUACAACACCCAAAGCCUGGGCAACGGCUAUUACACAAGCCCCAUCGUGCACAAUCCAGACUGCAUUGAGGAAUCUGUGGGGUCUGAAGAGUUGAGCACAAAAGUCCAACACGACGAGUGUCGUCUGUUAUCAUCACAUCCAGUUCUAGAGGCAGAGCAGGCAUGUCCACAUCAGAAUCAGUGUGAGGAGACUCCAAACAUCCCUCUGAGCUCAGUGCGAGUGAAACGUACUCAACAGGACGAGACGUCAACAGAACACCCAGAGCAGUCUGAAGAUGUCAUAUGGGGAAAACUGAAUGUGAGACCAAUGGAAACAUCCAAGCAAACUGAAACUCUUGAUGUUUUUUUCCAAAAGGUUGAAUACAACGUUUUUUAGACUCGAGAUAUGGAAUUGCUUUGGGUACAAUUUUUAAUACCCGCUUUUUUGGUGCUGUUAAUUUGUGAUAGUGUGAUUCUGCCCUUUCGCCCACUAACUAUUGUCAUUGCUAAAGUUGCAAUGAAUGGAAGUAGCGACAGAUCUUUUCUUCUGUAUUGUGAUGUACAUCCGAGUGUAAAUGCUUAAUGAAAAGUAAAG